AUGACCAGGGUGUCGCUCAUGUAUGCGGACGAGAUCACCGACACGCUCGUGGUGGUCUAUCCUCGGGGCCUCGCUCUUAUUCGCCCAUACUCGCAGAUGGUCAGCAACAGGCAACCAAUCAGCGUCGCCGUUCUGCACUAUUCGUUCGGAGAAAUAUCUGAAGCUGAUACUCCACCACUUGCGACCGAGGAGCGCACUGGCUUUGGCAAUGGCGUAGUGCAGGUGAUCAGCAAUGUCCGCACUGUAGACGAGGAGAUAGCCGAACACUCUAUCCUAUUCGACCUCGACUCUUUCCGACUGGAGCCAACUCGGGCCUCGCGGUAA